UAAACGCUCCUCCCCUAUGAGGUGUACCCCGUGUGGUUCUCUUCUGCAUCGAUCGCUUUCGGCCACACUUUACCUUUUACACAUUUGUAUAUUAAUAUCCAGCUUGCUACGGACAAAACUCUAUCUCUCUUUCGAUCAGCUCUAUUUCUUGAGCUACACUUCUGUUAAUGGAAUUGUGUGUUUUUGUAUGGGCAAAACGUAUUUCUUUGUCCCCCCCUUCUUAGCUUGCUGCUUUUUGGGGUUUCAGAUACAACCUGCAGGUCAAGAAUGAUCAGAGUGAUCGAUCCGAAACGAUUCAUAAGAUAAGACAACAAUCCUUCAACGGGAUAAGAAACUUGAGAGGAUCGACGAACCUGAGAGAGGGAUGAUCCUGAUCUUCAACGUAUAAUAUUGUUGAUAAAUAUAAUUACUUCCUACAACUUUUCAACAUAUAGUAGGAUUCAUGGAUAUUGUGAAGGAGAAGUGGAAGAAAAAUCUGAUAGUCAAGACGUGGGACCGCUGCCGAUCACGUGGAGGCGGUGGCCGCAGCAAGAGUAACUCGUUCAUGACAAAGAGCAAAUCGUGGAACUGCACCACCACCAUGCCAGCUAAUCAGCAAGAACACAAGUCGAAAAGGGCUCCGGAAGGGUGCUUCUCGGUCUAUGUUGGACCCGAGAAGCAGCGGUUCGUGGUGAAGACCGAGUUUGCUAACCAUCCGUUGUUCAAGAUGCUGCUAGAGGACGCUGAAUUGGAAUAUGGGUAUAAUAGUCAAGGCCCUAUUUUGCUUCCCUGUGAAGUUGAUUUGUUCUAUAAAGUCUUGGCAGAGAUGGACGGCUGCGAUGAUCGUGAUCAGUUCAUCCCUGCUGGUUGCAACUUUCCUUGCAGUCCGGUUAAUCGGCGUUCGAAUUCUAGCGGCAACAAGGCGUAUGGCGCAUAUAGGCUGCUAAGUCCUUCGCGAAUGCUUAAGAUGAAUCAUUUUUAGCCAUGUAAUAUUGGUAUGCCGCUUAAUUUCCACGUACUUACAGUAUGUAAUUAAUCAAAUUCUCUAGCUAUUCAGCCA